CAUGGAGCCAGCUGAUUCUGCCCCAAACCUGUCCAACCAGUUGUUUGGGAGGAGGGGGCACUUGGGAGGGGUGGCAGGAGGUGCCAGAAGCAGCCUCCCCCAGCCCAGCACAGACGGCUGAGCCUCUGGGGCUCUGGAUGCUGCAGACAGACCCUCGGACGGACAGACAGUUGGACACUUGGCCUGGCCAUGGGGCUCAGUGGGGGACAGUCUCGGCUGCUGAUGCCACUGUUGCUGCUGUUGACCAGCCUCCAGCCCGGGGCGGGCCUGGAGCACAUCAGCUAUGUGCCCCAGCUCUCAAAUGCCACCCUGGCAGGGACAGUCACCCAGUCCACCUUCACCCUGGAGCAGCCGCGCGGCCAGUUCAGUCACCCCAGCAUCUCCGACUUCGAUGCCAUCUGGCUGGUGGUGGCCCACGGCAACGCCACCCAGAACUUCACUGCCCCACGGAGCGCAGAGGACACCCCGGUGCCUGCCGACUUCCCCCAGAGGGGCUAUUACCUCACGCUGAUGGCCAACCGGGCUCUCUACGCAGGCAGCCAGCCCAGCACUCAGCUCCGGGUCCUUCGCGUAGGCAACGACACCCGCUGCUCCCCGAGGACGAGGGGCUGCAACCACCCCCUGCCGGGCCCAGGCCCCUACCGGGUGAAGUUCCUAGUGAUGAGUGACAGGGGACCCGUGGCUGAGACACAGUGGUCUAGUGAGACCCGCCUGCAGCAAGGCCCUCCAGGCUGCCCCAGGGCCUCAGAGUGCUGGCACCGUGGUCAUCACUGCCGUCCUGUCCAUCCUGCUGGCCCUAGUCCUCACUGCCCUCCUCGCCCUGCUCGUCUACACCUGCUACGACACCUGCCAAAGCACUCCUAUUUCGGGCCCAGGGGAGCCGGUGGGUGUGAGAAGAUAUAACACCCACCACAUGUUCAGCCCUCCAGCCGUGGGGGGCUCCUGAGGAUCCCCAUCUGCC